AUGCGUUUCUCCUUCCUCGCCGUCAUUGCUGCUCUGACAGCAUCUAUGUCUGUCAGUGCCACACCAGCUGUCUUCAGCAGGGACUGCUCCGAGUGCUGCUCUGGAAAGUGCGGGUAUAAUUAUAGGUGCGGUGGGAUGUGCUAUCCCACGGACAAAAAUACCGAAGAGUUGUUAGAACGCGAGACUCAGAAUUCGACUGGAAUCACGCGCAGGCACGAGGCUGGGGUGCAGACAUACGUUUCUGCGUGUAUAUUUCCAUCAAAUCCUUGGGAAGGUGCAAAGGUAUCGCAAAACACACUAGCUGGGGGCGACAAGCUAGAAGUAAAUGCUUAG